AAAAGAAGUAACUUGCCGUUAAAGAUCACGGUUAAAUCAAUGAAUCGUUCACAAGCCUCGGUGCCCAAUAUAAAGACCAGAAUUCUGCCAUUUUUCGGAAGUCUCCAGAAUUACUCUCAUGGCCUACGUUGAGCGAGGUGUAGUGAAAUCCAAGCGAUCAAUAUGGCGUCUAAGGACAAUCACGGAUUUCUUCUGGGCCAUUGUCAAUUUUAUUGGAGCAUUUUUUGCAACAAUGUUCUCGAUGGAGAAGUCAAAUACUUACAAGAAAGGCUCUGGUUCAAGCAAGAAAUGGGAUGGUGGACCUGGAGGUCCUGGUAGUGGUCCAUAUGGUGGUGGUGGUGGGGGUCCACGUCGUCCACCUCGUGGUCUAGACAAUGUUCGGGGAAUUGACCAUAAUGCCCUACCAGCUUGCGGUUCCUGCUGUGGUGGCUAAGAGUCUGAGGUAUCACUAUGAAGGUUGCUGUCACAUCUUUAUAUGCUUAGGCUGCAAUGUAUUCUUUUCUGAUUUGGAACUUGUUAAUGUGUUGAUGUAUAGCUUAAAGACCAUGUAAAACAAGAGAAUGUUUGUGCAGUCUCUUCUCUUGGAUGUAUUUUCCGACUGGUAGAUAUUUUACUAAAAUAAGAUUUUUUUUUUUUUUUUU